GAUCAUAAAUAUAAACACAACUUCCACUUCCACUUCAACAUCUACAUCUACAUCCACAUAUCAACGUUUCGUCUGUCACUAUCCGUUUGUAUCACAACAUCCCUUCAUUUAAACCCCUCGGCUGCUCACAUCAAUUUCGAUCUCACAUCGUACCAAGAUGUCAAACCCUCGUUUUCUCGUGCAUAUUUCCUGGCGGACAAGGUCUGGAUGAGUCUGAUGACAAGUUUGACAUUGGCGUACAUUGGCACACAAGCGUGUGUGAUUUUGCAUUGCCGAAAUCCUCAAUUGGAGUCUUGGGGUGCAGCAGGGUUGGAGAGAUAGGAUGCUUGGUUGGUUACAUCUAAUCUCAGAGCGGGGAACGACACCGUUCUAUGCCAUGCAUGACUGCGACGAACUGCCUUGAGUGGGAAAAUUAUGUUACAUUGCAGAUUUAUAUAUCUUUUUCCCUGAUGAUUUUCUGCAGGUACUUUUCUUUGGGAAGGAGAGUGGGUAUGUACCGGUGGUGUUGUGAAUUGAACAUUGGACUGAUGUAUUAUCCAUACCCGUCUUGAUACUUAUCUGGUGGGGGAUUGGAUGGGUAGUACACCCUUUUGCCUACUAGGAGGUGGGUUUAGAGAAAUGUAUAAAUUGACCUCAUAGAUGACAUAUUGAUAUCGUUAGUACCAGAUAGUGUCUUUUCUUCUUACCUUCUACUUCAUUCUUCAUUAAAGACAAUACCAAUAUCAAUACCACCAUCAACACUUGUAUCGAUAUCUUUAUUGUGCGGAUUGAUUGCAUCCAUUGCGCAUUUGUUUUCAACAUGGCUUCUAACCUCCUCGGCGUCCUACGUCGAAAACUGCGAAAUCCCCAUUUCGAAGCAAAAGGGACUGCGGAUGUUCAUGGAAAGGACAAUUGGUUGGAUAAUGAUGAUAUUCGACCUCUAAAGUUAGCCGAUCGUACUUGGAAUGUUUGGACCUAUCUUACCUUUUGGUUUUCUGCGACUUCGACGGUUUCAACAUGGUAUGCAGCUUCGAGUGCCCAAGCCUUGGGUUUGAGUAUGUGGGAAUCGGUUCUGUGUGCUUUUGGUGGCCAAUGUUUGAUUGCGAUUGUGAUCGUAUUCAAUGGAAGAUCGGGAGCGGUAUAUCAUAUUGGUUACCCAAUAUUAAACAGAGCGGCAUUCGGUGUCUUCGGUGCAUGGUGGCCUACUUUCAAUCGUGCUGUAAUGGCCAUUGUUUGGAAUGGUGUUAAUGCGGUCCAAGGUGGUGAAUGCAUUUAUGUUAUGCUUCAUACCCUUAGUCCACGUGUUGCAAACUUCAAAAAUGUGAUGGGAGAAGGAUCUGCUCUUGAUUCGGGCGGUAUGCUUGGACUUGGAAUUUUCUGGAUUCUUACAUGCUGCUUCCUUAUUAUUCCUGUCCCAAAGAUGAAAGGUCUUGUAUACGCCAAACUUAUCGUCUUUAUCAUUUCUGCCAUUGCUAUGUGUGCAUGGACUUUGACCAUGGCAGGUGGCAUUGGACCUGUCGCUCGUCAACCAGGUACUGUUAAGGGCUCAGAACGAUCAUGGCUUCUCGUACGAUUCAUACUUCUUGGAGCUGCGAAUUGUGCCACAUUUGCUUCCAAUGCAGCGGAUUUCCAACGUUAUGCUCGCAAACCAAACGAUGUUAUUUGGGGAAAUUUGGUUGGAUUUCCUAUCUCUAAUUUAAUCGUAUCUAUCAUCGGCAAUCUGGUAAGCUCGUCAAGCCAAGUACUCUUCGGCGAAAUUAUUUGGUCUCCCCUUACAUACCUCGACCUAAUUCUUGAACGAACAUAUGAUGGUCCAACUCGAGCUGGAUGUUUCUUCAUUGCGGCUUGCUUCGCUUAUUCCGCAAUCUUCUCUUCGAUCUUCGAAAAUUCGAUUCCAGCUGGAAAUGAUAUCGCUGCUCUUUUCCCAAAAUACAUAUCCAUCCGUACCGGUUUCUUCAUCUGUGCCGUCAUCUCCAUAGUGAUUCAACCCUGGUACCUCCUCAAAUCGGCCGUGAUAUUCAUCUCCUUCCUUGCCUCAUACCAAAUUUUCCUCUCAGCCAUCACCGGCGUUCUUCUUUGCCACUACUUCGUCAUCGCUCGCGGUUUCCUCAAAAUCCCAGAUCUAUACACCUCGGAUAAAAAAGCCGCAUAUUAUUACCAAGGCGGCUGGAAUUGGCGCGCGUACGCAGCAUAUGUCAUUGGUAUUAUACCUAACUUCUACGGCUUUCUGAACAAUAUGGGAGUUGAAGCUCCAUUGGGUGUUACAAGAGCAUACUAUUUCGCGUAUCCGAUUGGACUUUUUGUGAGUUUUAUGGUCUAUUGGGGACUUUGCUGGUAUUGGCCGGUGGAGAUACAAUAUGCGCUUGCGGAGUGGAAGGAGGUCAAGGAUUAUGUGAGAGAGGAAGAAAGAAUGGACGGAGUGGCGAGUGGAUGGGGAAGUAUGGUUAGUGGAGAGGAAGCGGGAGAGGGAGUUGUAGGGACGAGGGAAAAGGAAAAUUCGGAGGUGAGAGAGGAGAAAAAUUGAUUGGGUGUAAGAGGAAAGAGAGGAUCGUAUAGAUGAUUAUGACUUGAGGAGGUUGGUGAUGGAGAAUAGGGGGAUUACUAUGUACGUAUUUGUAUGUAUGUAUAAUGCUUAUAAUUCUAGACGCUGUAUACAUUACACUAUAUUACCAAUACUAGUAUUUAAGCUUCAACAAAUUGAUUUCCUGAGCGUAAUAUAUUCUCUAUCGAUUAUAAAUAGAAUAUAAAACA